AUGGAGCGAGUCCGGUCAUUUAUCAGCAAUGUGAUGAACUUAAGAUCACAGUUCGGUGGAAGUGAAGCUAACGAAAGUGCGCCUACGUCAUUUAUGGCUGGCCGUCGCCCACGGUUCACUGGCGAUGGCAAUGACGAGCGUGAUCAAGGCCGUGGUCCAGCUCGUGGUGCCAGACUCUUCAACCCAGAGGACCCUCAUACUCCCAUGGCGAGCCCAACUAUUGGAGAUACUGAAAAGGCCGUUGAGAAUCAGAGGUAUAAGAUGUAUCGAAACUACGUUUUUAUGGCAGCUUCCAUGAGCACUGCUGUUGAAGGAUACGCUAUUCUUCUACCAAUCCUUCUUAUUACGCUUUUUGGGUUAGAUCACUGGAAUCCAGAAGAAUAUCUUCACCAUGCACUCGAACCAUUUUUGGGCGAUAUUUGGACUUUCUUGGUCUUCAAGCUAGCAGUUUUCUUCGGGAUUCCGAUUGGCAGCAUUUUGUCCGCUUCUUUGUCCAGGAAAUACGACCAAAAGAAGCUCGCCUUGGGUUUCCUAGGGUUGAUGCUCAUCGCUCAUUUGGCUAUGGUGUUAUCUGGGUGGGGCCCAAGCAUCAACUUUUAUGCAAUACUUAUCUUUUGGCGCUUUCUUGUCGGUGUUGGGAUUGGCGGCUGCCGUAGUGUCAAUGCUUUGACGUCUUCUCGGAUCACAACCCCAAAGUGGAGAGGUGCCCGUUUGGGAUACAUAAACGCAAACGCCGCUUUGGGAUACUGCUCUUUACUAUUGGCAGGCAUUAGUAGUAUUUGGCUUUUCAAACAUCAUCUUGACAAUGUCCGAGAUUGCACCGAGAAUUGUAACAAAGCCUUGGAUAGAUCUUGGCGCCUCACCUCUGGUGUUCUUUUAUUGUCAACUUUCCUGGCUCUGAUAGCUCGUUGGAAUUCUUCCCGGGUGGCUCCACACCCAAACAAUACUUCCCGAGUUAUCUUGACUUUUUCUCCGUCAUUUGGCCGCUUUGCAAAAUCCUACCGCAACGGAAAAUACGUCUAUCCAUUGAUAUACAUCUGCGCCAUUCAGUUUUUCGGCUGGGCAUGCUUUUAUGCCAUCUUAUUGAACGCGACAACAAUCCUUUGGGAAGCGGGAUACACCUUUGGAAAUGUUGAGGGAUAUAGUUUGUCAAUGCAUAUCUCUCGCAUUAUCAGUGGUAUUGCAAUUCUGGUGGGGGGAGGAGUUGGUACCGGCUACAUUAUUCUUUGUCUACUCGUAGAUAAAUGGGGUCGAAAACGACUUUUUCUGCUGGCGAAUACGUUCCUAGUAGUUACGCUUGUCAUCCUUGCGGGACUUUGGGAAAAGAUACCUACGUUUGGAAGGAUGAUAUUGAUAACAUUCACGCUAAUGUUGUUAGUUGCUGGGCCGAUUGGUUGUGGGUAUAUCUUCACGGCUGAGAUUUUCCCGCGGAUAUAUAGGACUUGGGGCUUUAUGAUGACAGACAUUAUUGGCAGUCUCGGAGCUAUAGUUGGAAUUGUAUGUGGGGACUUUGCCCUUCUCAAUAGGUCGAGGAAAGUCCCGGGUCAGGACUGGAUCCUGACCUUUGGAGGAAUUCGGAUUCUGUGGUGUUGCUUAGCUGCGUUUUUGGUUCCCGCGUUUCUAGCGGGCUUUGGGAUGAUUGAAACUGCUAGGAAGGAGGUUGGGGUUAUUGAAGGGGAGGUUUAUGGGGAUUGGGGGAGGUGGGACGAUAGAAGAAGGAUGAGACCUGAGCAGGGAGUUGCCGAAGGUGAGGAUGGGAGGUGA